AGCGAGCAGUGGGGAUGGGGAGGAUGCGGCGGGCGAUGGAUGGAGGCCAGGCGAUGGAUGAUGGCGGCCGGGGGUGAUGCGGACACUCCCAUGUUGAUUCGAUAUCCAAACUGCGUUUCCACCAUAGCUGAGGCAGAGGGAGCUCUCCCUCCUCCGCAGCCGAUGGUGCAGGCCGCCAACCGCCGGUGAUCCCGCCCUUCCCAUGGGCCGAGACAGUGCCUACUGCGGCCUGGGCGCCUCGCAGUGCACCGAGGGCCGGGGGUCCGGCGGGCGCCGCAAGCAACGCUACGUGGAGAAGAACGGCAAGUGCAAUGUGCAGCACGGCAACAUGUUGGAGACUUACCGCUACCUGACCGACAUCUUCACCACGCUGGUGGACCUGCGCUGGCGGGUCAGCCUGCUGGUCUUCGUGCUGGCCUACACACUCACCUGGCUCGCCUUCGGCUUGGUCUGGUGGUUCCUGGCCUACUGCCGCGGCGAUCUGGAGCACCUGGGCGACAAGGCAUGGACUCCCUGCGUCCACAACCUCAACGGCUUCGUCUCCGCCUUCCUCUUCUCCAUCGAGACCGAGACGACCAUCGGCUACGGGUUCCGGGUGAUCGCCGACUCCUGCCCCCUGGGCAUCGCGCUGCUCCUGCUCCAGGCCAUCCUGGGCUCCAUGGUCAACGCCUUCAUGGUGGGCUGCAUGUUCGUCAAGAUCUCGCAGCCCACCAAGCGCGCCGAGACCCUGAUCUUCUCUGACCGGGCGGUGGUGUCGCCGCGGGACGGCCGUCUCUGCCUCAUGUUCCGUGUGGGCGACCUUCGGCGCUCGCACAUCGUAGAGGCCUCUAUCCGGGCCAAGCUGAUCCGCUCCAAGCAGACGGCUGAGGGCGAGUUCAUCCCGCUUGACCAGACGGAUGUGGGCGUGGGGCUGGAGACCGGUGACGACCGGCUCUUCCUCGUCUCCCCGCUCAUCAUCGCCCACGAGAUCGACGAUCGCAGCCCGUUCUGGGAGAUGAGUAAGGACCGGCUGCGGGCCGAGGACUUCGAGAUCGUGGUCAUUCUGGAGGGCAUGGUGGAGGCCACAGGGCUGACCUGCCAGGCCCGCAGCUCCUACCUAUGCGAGGAGGGGCUGUUGGGCUACCGCUUCAUGUCGGUGCUCUCUCUGGAGGACGGCCACUACGAGGUGGACUACGGCAUGUUCCACCAGACCUUCGAGGUGUCCACCCCGACCUGUAGCGCCCGCGAACUCACCGAGCGCUUGGCCGAAACCGAGGCGCAGCUCUACUGGUCCGUGGCCCGGCCGGAGGCAGAGGAAGCGCCCCCCGCAACCGGGCCUGGCCCCGUCUCCGUCUCCGGCUCCGUCUCCGGCUCCGGCCCAACACAGGGAGACAGGAGGCAGCAGCAGGAUGAGGUGGAGGAGCAGGAGCGAGGAGGCGUGGACCGGCAGCCCAAUGGCAACCUGAACGAGUCCGCCCUGUGACCUGCGGACAGUCGGCCGUGGGAGACAGCGCGCCCCCAUGUUG